AUGAAUGUCCAAUUCCCAAAGACCGUCAACGAGCUCUACACGUUGGCGGACAAGUGUGCUUGUGCUGAAGAGGGCAGAAGGCUUCCAAGAGAGGAGGUUGGUGUCGAAGUCGAUUCAGAGGACGACGACGACACCGCCACCCCUGGGAAAAGGAAUAGGAGGCGCAAUAAGAAGCAUAAAGGGAAAGCAGUGAUGGCAGUUGAAAGCUCUAGUGACCUUAGCGCUGACAAGAAAGCAAAAACUGAGGCACCCGGCAAGGAAGCUGCUACUUGCGCUCAUUGCCGGGUGGCUGCGACAGCUGAGAAAACUGGCAAGUCCGACGAGCCAUACUGCAAGAUCCACAGGACAAAGGGCCAUGAUCUUCGAGACUGCAAGCAAGUCGAACAGGUGGUCGAGAAGCAGAAAGCUGAAUAUGAAAGGCGUGAUAAGGAGAGAGGCCAAAAUGACGCUGGCGGGAAAGGCCAUCAUGGCCGCAAUGGUCGUCGUGACAAUGAAAACCAACAGAAGGCAAAACCCGCCAGGGGCCGUGAUAAAAAGGAAGACGAAGGUGACAGUGAUGAAGGGGAUGAUGAAACUAGUGAGCAGGAAUUUCAGAAGGCUAUCGAGGCGAUAUGCAUUGACGGGGGCGCAUCUUUGCACUCCUAUCACCGCCAACUCAAAAAUGUGGGCGCGUGA